AAAGGGCCGCGUCUUCAUGGAACGACAGACACGAGCGCAAUAAUGCCAAAGGGGUGUGUGCGUAUGGCAAGCAGGGAGCGGAGCAGAGAGAGAGAGAUUUAGAGCGAGAGGCAGAUGUCUUUCUCCACUCCAGAAGAGAAUACCGCAGCAAUGGAUAAAUAAUAACGACGUAGUAAAAGUCAUUGACAGCUUGAUAAGCCCUCAUUUCUGACUUCCGCUAAAGACACAAAAUAGCCCGACGCAUGCAUGUAGGAAGAUCGGUCUCAAAUCGCGUAAACGCGAGGCGCAUAAUCAUCGUUUUCAUAAUGCGGGCGUGAGUAACAUACUGUAAACGGAGGGAGGAAUAAGGGAGGUUAGUAGAGGGCCAGUGGUAAUCGGCUCACCACUAUACGAGCUAUAGUCCUCUCCGCCAGACCAAAAGCGGGCGAGAGCGGGCCGAGACAGCAGUAUGUCGAACCGAAAACAUCGGGACAGCCAAGAGAUAUGCGCCCGCAAGGUCCGGGAGCUGGCCCAGGCUGUAGUAAACAAACACUGCUUCGAGUGCAGUCAACCGGGGGUGACUUACAUCGAUAUCACCGUGGGCUGCUUCGUGUGCACGUCGUGCUCUGGAAUGCUGAGAGGACUCAACCCUCCCCACAGAGUCAAGUCUAUCUCCAUGACAACCUUCUCCCAACAGGAAGUGGAGUUUCUGCAAAACCAUGGCAACGAGGUGGGGAGGAGGACCUGGCUGUGUGCCUUUGAUCCAAAGACAGAAGGUUGUUUCGACACAAGGGACUCCCAGAAACUUAAGGAGUUCCUCCAGGACAAAUACCAGAAGAAGAAAUGGCAUUUUUCGAAGAACAAGAACAGGAGGGAGGUAGAGGGACCCUGGAGCCCUCCUGGGGUACAGGCCUUGCCCAUCUCUCACGGCCCCACACCCGCCCAGGCCCAGUCCCACGCCAUGCCACCCUCGGCCAGACUGUUACGCACACUGCCUCUCCUCCAGUCCCAGCUCUCGUCCUGGGGGGACAGAGUCCCCGCUAUCUCCCCUGCGGACAUGAGGGCUGACGUGUUCACUGCCCGUGCUCCCUCGCGCUCCCAGAGCUUCAGAGACCCCCCUAUGAAAGACUCUCUACUGAGUGGUAUAGAAAGACAACGUCCAGGCUCUCUUUCCUCGGCUAUGGGAAAUCAUAACCAUGCCCCCUCCUUCCCUGCCCUCCCUCGACCCUCAGGUCGUACAGUGGCCUCCUCGGGGGGCUCAGCUCCCUUCAGGGCCUUCCCUAAGUCUCUGAGUGUGGACUUUGGAGGGCUCAGCCAACAGCACAGUCGCAGUGCCCUCAGCGUCGCCCCCCCAGCCCCCGGCCCCAACACACACACAGACCACCAGGACCGCUACGCUGCCCUGUCCCAACUGAACAGUGUCUUCCCUGACACAUCACCCGGACCUGCAACUGGACCAGGACUUACAGCACCCCCCGGUGGACUACGCCAGUAUAACACGCUCUUUGGGAAGCGCCUGUCCUCCAGUUCUACUCCUGCCAGCUCUCCAGGCGUGGAUGCCGUGACGGGAUCCCAAACAUUUGCAAAUUUCCCCAACCCGUUCAGCUCCUGUUCCAGCUCUCAGCAGCAGCAGCCUGCCCUCUCUCCCAGUAACCCCUUCCACAGCUCCACCUCAGGAGGUGACUCCAGUGGGUUUGUCACCUCUCCCACCUCAGUGUUUCCUCCGUCUGCCACCUUCCCAGCUCCCACUACCCAGAAUGCAUUUCCUCAUGAGCAUGCCAACAAACAGGAAACCAACGGUUUUGCCUCUUUCCCUGCGCCGGACUCUCAGCCCAAAGUUCCUUGCCCAAUGUCAGUGAACCCAUUCACUGGGAAUGUUUACCCGAGUAGAGGAAUGUCGCGAAACCCUUUCAUCUGAUCCCGGCGCCCCGGGCUACGACCGACAUGGAGGGGUGGACUGAAGACCGGUGAACUUGAAGAGCUGCUGCCAUUUCAAUGCCCCUUCAGAGAGAGAGGGGGGGGGGGACGUUCAUGCAGGCCCCUCUCCCCUCUACGUGUGUGUGUGUGUGUUCGUGCGUGCGCGUGUGGAGUAUCUGUACUGUAACGUUUAUCCAUGGAAUGUGUGCAUGUGCGCGCCAGUGUGUUUGAGUGUGUGUGUGUGUUUACCACAUACCAUUUACCAAGGGUGUUUAUAUGGCAAUAGAAUCCACCUCAGGGAUCUGUGCGUGUCAUCACCAAGACGUACACACACACUUACACACUUAAGCUGGGUGUACACUACAUGAUUUUGGCCCCGAUUUAGCUGUCCCAGACAAGAUUUUGAGAUCGGAGACAAACUGUCGUUGCCUACUCCUUUAAUGUGAGCGGGUCAGAGAUGCAAUCUCAGGGCUACCGAUCCCGUCUUUGAGCAGUCCCAGACAUCCCGAUAUUUUCAAACGUUUGAUUUUUGUCGGCACAAGAUCUACAAUGCUCUUGGAAGUGUGAGAUGUGCAUCGACAAGUUCGGAGAAUGGUGAUCAGCAAGAGCCAAUGAGAGCUCGCCAGAGAAGAAGCCAGUUAGAUGAUGACGUUGUUUCGCAUCACCCAGAAUGUGUCGACUCUCAAGCAGAAGCCAUGACUACUAGUAUGCAUUUGUACUUGCCUUUAACCAAAGCCAAAGUGUCAAAUUGUUAAACAGCUCUGAAGUUCACAAGCAAUGUUAUUCCAUUCAAAAUGUUGGCUAGAUAUUUCAACUCUGUAUGGCAAGCGUGAAUGUCUGACUGAAAACGUUUACGAGGCUGCUUUUGAGCCACAGCUCGUUCUAGUAACAUUAACAAUCCAAUCACAUCAUCACGUCAAUGUUUUGAUGAGACAGCGGGGUGGUACCGAGAAUCCUCACGACCAAGUGAAGAAUCUCGGCGUGUGUCACACCCAUUUGUGCUACGUUGGCAAGGCUAAAAACUACAGGGGGAAAAAGUUUGUUUAAUGUGAGAGGCUGAGCGAUGUUAGGAUUGUAAAAGUCGUGCAGUGUACACCCGACAUUAGCUGUUUCUCCCAUGUACUGCUUCUUGUGCAACAGCAGCCCCAUCAGCACGCCAAAUCAUCAUAUUUUGCUCACUUUUUGGAAACACCUCUGAUAAGGACAUUGAAAAACUCCCCAAAGCUAGCCAGUCCAGUCAGUCAGUGUGUAUCAAGUCACAGAAUGGAGACAUCCCUCUUCAAGGCUUUCAGAGCUGAACAAUAUGACAAGCGCAAAGAAAUUAUGACAAGCAAGCAUUUUUUUUUCUUAGUGACGGUUAUGCCAGCCUUAACACAACAUUCUGUUAAUGCAUGUAGAUUGGAAAACAUUCAGGCAAGCCUGUCCCCCCCCCCCCCCCCCCCCCAUGUGCUGCGUGCAUAUCAGAGGAGGCUGGUGGGAGGAGCUAUAGAAGGACUGGCUCAUUGUAAUGGCUGGAUUGGAAUCAAUGGCACAGAUUCAAACAUGUGGUUUCUGUCACAAUGAGCCCGUUCUCCUACAGCUCCUCCCACCUGUUUCCUCUGUUGUGUACGAAUGUAGAAAACACAUUUGUAUUGUUUAAAAAAAAAAAUGUUUUGUUGUUUUUUGUAAAUGGUUUGUGUUUCAGUCUCAGGCUGCAUGCGCUGGGAGGACAGCAAGAGGAGAUGCUUAUUGAAUGUAAAAGCUGUUUUCAAGACAAUAACAGUGUGUGUUUCUUCUCUCCCUGUAAUGGACCAAAUGUUUCUCGUUCUUUUGGGUGACAACAUGGAGGUGAAAUUCAUUUUUUUUCUUUCUCAUUUUUUUUCAAGAGUUCCAUCGAGAAAGUAUUUGUAAUGAGAAAUGUCCGUGUUCAUAAAUUCAAAUAAUAUUGGUUGCUUCUUUAAA